GGCGUGUUUUGGAUUGUUGUGACUGGAGAAUGGAGCCAUCUUGUUUUAUUUCUGUCCUGGAAUACAUUGGGCAGGCCGAACGAAAAACAGGGCUUUCGAAUAAUGAUGUAGCUAGUUAGUGCGCUUGCUAACAAUAUUGCAUAUAUUAGUAUGUUUAGUGCUUCCACCACUCUAAAUGUAUUUGAAUGACUAGUUACUGUCUUUGGCGUGUAUUAGGGUCAAAGCAAACGCGUUGGUUCAGGUGUCAGUUUAUUUUAUUUCUGAGUAGAGGAGUUACUAUGAAUGGAGGAUAAAUGUUGCCAAAGGCUGACAGCAGCAGUUACGUUCUCCUCUCUCUUCUCUUCGUCCUCACAUUAACAGACCCACCACGGGCAGGUCCAAGGCUAGCUCUGGCAAGAUUAUUGUCAGAACUGCGCUGCAGCCCUGGACAGUUUGCCUGCCGCAGUGGGAAGAUGCAAUGCAUCCCCAUGUCCUGGCAGUGUGACGGCUGGGCGGCUUGUGAGGACAAGAGCGAUGAGUUGGACUGCCCCCCCAUGAAAGAGGAGACGUUUCACUUUGCCAAUGGGUUUGGUAAUGGGUUUGACCAAGUGGAAGAUGUCAUCGGUGUGGCCCAACCUGUGCGCUUUAACAAAAAGUGCCCUAGUGGGUGGCAUCACUACGAGAAGACAGCCAGUUGUUACAAAGUGUACCUAAGGAAUGAGAACUACUGGCAGGCUGUGGACACGUGUCAGAAAGUCAAUGGCUCAUUGGCGACCUUCGUCACCAACGAGGAACUGCAGUUCAUCCUCAAGAUUGAGGUGGAUUUCGAUGAGGAAGUGUGUGAGCGCAGAGACCAGUGCAAGUUCUGGGUGGGUUACCAGUAUGUCAUCACCAAUCAGAACCAUUCACUGGAGGGCCAUUGGGAAGUGUCAUAUAAAGGGUCGAUGCAGGUGUUCCUGCCGCCAGAGGGCCUGACUAACUUUGGAGAGGCAUCUUCGACCCAGGACAACAUCUUCUGUGCCCAGCUGCAGCGCUUUCAGAUCAAGAGUAUGAACGAACGCGGCCUUCACAGCUGGCAUGCCGAGAACUGCUACAAGAAGUUCCCCUUCCUGUGCAAGAGGAGGCAGACAUGUGUGGACAUAAAGGACCAGGUGGUGACCGAGGGGUACUACUUCACCCCUAAGGGGGAAGACCCAUGCCUGAGCUGCACAUGUCACAACGGCGAGCCAGAGAUGUGUGUGGCUGCGCUGUGCAAUCGGCCAGAGGGCUGCAAGAACUUCGGCAAGGACCCCAAGGAGUGCUGCAAGUUCACCUGCCUGGACCGAGAAGGCAGCAGCCUGUUUGACUCUAUGGCCAGUGGGAUGCGUCUGAUCGUCAGCUGUAUCUCCUCCUUCCUCAUCCUCUCUCUGCUGCUCUUCAUGGUGCACAGGCUCCGGCAGCGCAGACGCCAGCGCAUCCAAACACUCCUUGGAGUUCACCAUUUCAACCUUGGGCGGCGAGUCCCAGGCUUUGACUACGGCCCGGACGCUUUUGGCACUGGCCUCACUCCCCUGCACCUCUCUGAUGAUGGAGAGAGAGGUGCAUUUCAUUUCCAGGAACCUCCCCCUCCCUACGCUGCCUAUAAAUACCCUGACAUCCAGCACCCAGAUGACCCCCCUCCUCCCUACGAAGCCUCCAUCAACCCCGACAGCGUCCUCUAUGUGGACCUCGCACGCCAUGGAGUUCAGAUGAUCCCUAGUCAGAUGAGGGACGUGGUAGAUGCCAUGACAGACGCCCCAGCGCCACCUGUCCCUGUGCCAAUGUCCUCCCAGGAGCGGGAGGACUCCAUGGACAGCAGCACCCUCCUGGUGGGGCCUGACACCCCCACAGACAGCCACACCCCUGACUCCAUGCCUGUAGACUGCAGCAACAGCUCCUCCCUCAGCACCGUGGUAUAGGACUAAGGGGGGCGGGGAGCUGCUCCCGCCUGGACCCACACUUUGAGAGAGGAGGGCAGUGGCAGACUGGUCUAUCACAUGGGGUCUGUUAGUUAGAAGAGACUGGGAUGGGAUGGAAAAAAAACAGUGUAGAGACGGUAUCAGGGUAGACUGAAGGACCAGUCCACUUCUUGAGGUGUGAGGAAAAUCGGACUGGUGUGUUUCUUGAUCAGGUGAACUGAAACCAAGUGGGUGUUUGUCAGAAACGUAACCUCUACAGUUGAACAUAAAUGCAGUGGAUCAGACCGCUUUUGUAUAGGUGAAUGCAGAUGGAUGAGUAAGGCAAUCAAAUGGAUCUGGAAGACUGACUGUACAGACAAGACACACUACACCAGGCUGAGCUACUGCUUUUAGUUUUCAUUGGACAAACCUUUUGAAUUAUUUGGUUUGUUUGAGCUUCAUGCUCAAGAUUUCCCCCAAUAUAAACACUCCCUCAGGCAUUACACCAGGUAAUAAUGAAGGGGGAGGUAGAUGGUUCCACUUCAGCUUAAGUCCUUUGCGCUUCUUAAUUUGCAUCCUACUGCUUAUGUCCUGGAGGCGGAGGCAGAACUUGGAUUGUCAGUUAUUGACCAUGACUCUGCUCUCUCUCCAAAGUCUCCAUGAAUUAAAUACAUUGUUUUCCUAUCCCAUGCAUUGCCUCUGAACUUGGAUUUUUGCCCUCUCCAAUGAAUCUGAUAUGCUAAGACGUCUUCGAGAUUGAUAGCGCAAUGGUAAAUAGCACAAUGAGAGGUUCUUCUACACGAGGUUUUUCAGCCUUGCAGAAAUAUUUAGGUAUGGUUAUUGUUAGCUCCAGCUUACACACUGCUAUGUAUUGAUGAGGUAAAUGCUACAACUUUUACAAGAAUCUUGCAACAAUAUUGUAUUUUGUUCAUGAGUUUUUGUUGAAGUAGAUGUCCAUUGGUUGAGUAUUGUCCUUUUCUUGGGUAAGAAAUGGGCUGGGAAUUGUUGGGACCUGAACAUAGAUGAUGGGUCCCUCAUGUUAGUCAAUGAGUUCACCACAUGAAAGAGAAUGUCACUGGUGAGUGAGAAUUAAGGUUAGAGCUUCAUGUGUAGCUUGUAGCAAUGGUUACUUGCUGUUUUGUACCCAAUGAAAUGUGUAAAAGUAAACUUAUUUAGAUGGUGUUCUUUUCAUUAAAUCAUAUUAACGAUUAA